UGUUAUUGAAUGCUAGGUUUAGUAAGUUAAUAGACUUGUGUGCGUCCCUGGGUGUGUGGUGGUCGGUGAGCAAUUGACUUGUGUUCAAUUGCUUAAGUUACUGCUAGGCAAGUUUGGGUAAUAGGAUGACCCGUGCUUCCCCUGUUUAAGCCUUUUUGUCCCAAACAUAUUAGAUUGAGUUAGUAAAUGGGUUAUUUGCAUUUGGCUCAAUAUUGUUUAGAUGACACUCCCCUGUUUUGCCCUUCUAACGAGUAGCUAAAUUAAAUUUCAAUGGAUUGCUGUUGAACUCAGAAAGGAAUCAAAUCCUUAUUGAUCUUCAUUUUGAUAAAUAUUUUUGCCUCAACUGUGUUGCGGCCAGCUUUCUAAAAGUUGUCAAGAAACUGAUAAUUCCUUUAUUAGCUCAACAGAGAAAGCACGAUUUCUUCCUCUAUUUGGCCAAAGUUUUAUGUCUUUUUGGUUUUAAUGUUGUUAAUGCCCUGAAAGCCCUUCUAAAGAGGAGGGUGCGGUGCCAAAAGCAUAAAAAAUAAAAAGGAAAACCCCAAACAAGCAAACAAAAAUACAAAUAUAUGAUCAUGUCAUCUAUCAAUGCAGGUUCCGCCAAGGUUGUUGGCCUGGAAUUUGAUUCUUGGAUCUUUGACCACAUGUUCCUAAGAAAGGAAUGGUAUCAAUUUAUGAUACAAGCAUUCGCUUUUUGAUAACCAGGAGAAACCAAUACGAAGUGAAAGAAAAUAUAUCGAUCAUAAAUGCGAUUCACAAGAUUAUGUCAUCCCAGUAGUAGUUGUUGGUUGAUUGGGAAAUUUUAACCCAGCAAUGGGAUGAUCUUGUUACCUUACCCAAACAAAAAAAGUGCCACUUCGACAGUAGAAGUCGUCUAAGCCUCUAAGGUGAACUGAAAUUGUUGGGCACGGUGUAAGUUGGAUGAACUCGUUUCAAGUGAAACAAGAGUUUGGGUGUAUUCAUUCCACAGUUCAAUGCUAAAGCAAGAAAGAUAAAUAAAGAAUAGAGUUUAUAAGCAUGACACGUACUCGACCGGUUGCACACUCCCUUUGCCAAGGUCGUUAAUCCUAUUCCUCUCCUGGAAAGAGUUUCACUUCACUUUCAGUUUACGGUCCCAGAAAAGGAAAAAAGCCAUGGCCUUUCUGCAGUAUCCAUCUCCAUCUUUUAGAAUCACCUCAAUUCCUACUUAUUCAUUGCCCAUCAGAGCAUCUUCUCGUCUUUUUCUGCCAGUUACUCCUCGCUUAAACUCAACCACUCCCCGCAACUGGGUCCAAGAUUUCAGAGCCAAGUCCUUGAACUGGAUUUUCUCUGGUGCUCUUGCUCUUAGUUUAUCUCUAACAGGGGUUGGGUUCGCGGAGGCCAAAGUUGGGGUUAACAAGCCAGAAUUACUUCCUAAAGAGUUCACUUCUGUGAUUGAUGUAGCUGGCUUCCUCUCUGAUGGCCAGGAGAAAAGGCUUGCAGAGGAGAUCAGUAAUAUUGAAAAGGAUACCGGCUUUAAAUUGAGAGUUCUAGCACAAAAUUACCCUGACACACCAGGGUUGGCAAUCAAAGACUUUUGGCAAGUAGAUGAUAGAACUAUUGUUUUUGUUGCUGAUCCCACCUUUGACAUUCCACGAAGCUUUUGGAGCCGUUUGGCAGGGAAAUAUGGGAACAUGUUUUAUUGGAAAGAGAAGGGAGAAGAUGCAUCUAUUGAAGCUGCUGUCUUGGCAAUAUCCAAUUGCUUAAGAGAACCUGUGGGGCCAAAUAAUUGCUCGGAGGUAAAAUAACACUAUAUCGGUGCUACAGACAAGAUUAAUUCCAAUUGUUAUGUUAAUCUAUUAUGUAAUUCGUUUUCAUUCCCUUUGAUGAAUAGUUCAUGUCCAUUUCUGAAAAGAGCUGUAUAGGUAGGAAGGGGUAUUAUGUAAUAUUAGUAACAAAGUGGUGAAGGAAUAAGAUUUUACUUGUUCUUCAGAUAAUAGUCAAUACCUAUUGUUUCCACAGAAUCAUGUAAUGCUGUUUCCUGGAUUGAACAAAAGAAACAAUGCUACAGAUUUGAGUAGCAUACAAAUUUGGCAAACAGUAUCAGACAACAGGGUUAGAGGAAGACACGUUUUCAUGAUCAGGUAUUUUUACAAUACCUAUCUCCAACAUCGCAACUAGCAUAGAAAGUACUCUCCUUGUAGGUGCGGCUGUGGUGAGGAGCUCGCCUUAUAGAUGGGUUCCAUACUAUCACAUGUUCAUACCCAAAACAAAGAGCGCAUAUGAAUGAGAUGAGAGACCUCCAUGGUAUCCUUUUUAUCCAUUAAAGAUUGGACAGCUCAAAACAACUACCACAGGUUCAUGGUCAGCUAUUGUAUUCAUAUCUGCACUAUGAACCAGUAUUUAACAAAAAAGACUCGAGUUUCUGAAGUAAUAAAUCUCCUCGAAGCACUUGGUUGCGACGUGGUUACUAUAGUUCAAUCAAAAUUUUAACACAUUUCUGCAUCCUUUUGGGUCAUCAUAUCCAUUUAGACAAAGUUGUUGAACCUUAAAUUGAGUUUUCUGCAUGUAGUUUUAUCAAGGUAACAGUUUAGUAGCAGUUAGAAAUUUGCCACAACCAAGUCAUAGAGGAAGAUGCUUAACAUUGCAGUUUAACGAGCCUAAGUUUCAUAUAUUUUCAUCUUGGAAGGACCAAGGCAAUGAUAUAAAUAGAGACGCAGCUAAAAGCAUAGACUCUCUGGUGUACAAAGGGCUUAUACAGCAGGCGGCAAGAGGUCAGCGCUUUCAAGCCAAAAAAGAAGGCUUUGCUCAAAAGUUUUCCCCAACCCAAUACGUAAUCCCAAAUUAAUGGAG